UGAUUAGUCGAAAUGAAGCUGUUUCCCAAACCCGACAGAAGGGACCGGAGGAUCUCUCCAUUCUCAUUGGUUGUUUGAAGACGUUGAUUUGUGGUCGGCGGUUGGCUCAAGGACAGAAAUUGGGUGCAGGUAAAGUUUGACAAACAGACUCUUAGCUGCUGUAUUUCAACCGCUGUGGACGUUUUCAUUGGAGAGAGGAACAGCGAUGCAGAGGGAUAUGCUGUUUGGAGCAAAGUGCACCGAGUGUAUCAGUUAAUCUUCGAGUAGAACUAGUGUAUGCCACCUUUUCCCGCGUUUCUCCGGAUGGAUCCCGGACCUGCCUCCACUUCUUCAUCCGUGGUGGCGGGCCCUUCCUCACUAUGGCGGCUGGCUGAGAGGAGGAGCAGGAAGGCUGGCUCAGCGAACAUUUUCAGUAACGUGAAUCUCUGGCAGCUCCAGAGACUGUUCAGGGCAGCGGGAGAUCAGGAUGCGGAACAGAGGGCCCAGGUGGUUUGGGGUCACGGAGAUGAGGCUGAACUGGCUCAGGCUUUGAUAGGACUGAGGGCCCGAGGUCACAGGAGAGGGCUGAGGGCUAACGGGAGAGAGGCACUGGGCUCACACUGGCUACGAGCCUUUAAUCAUCUCAGAAUCGGGGAGAACUCUUCAAGCAGCCAGGGGAAGGAUGCCGGGGAGGAGAGUGAUCCUGAGGCAGGAGCACACAACAGUCCAGAGCCACGCCGGAGCACCUCCAUAGGGACAACAGGAAGAGGCACAGGGGCCACAGUGGUACUAACUGAGAGCCAGGGCCCUGCUGUGACUUCUGAGAGAGCAGUUAGAGGCAGCUCAGGAAUGAGGAGAGGAGGAGAGAAUAACCCCGAGAGAUACCUCCACAGAAUACUUCACUGACUUGACCAAGAUGCAGAACUGACUUUGAGUCUGUGAGAACCACUUCAGUCUGCAAAGCCUAAUCGUUUCUCCUGAACACACAUCUCAUGUGUUCGCAAUUUGGAGCUAGGUUGAGGUAACUUCUGGGAAAGGCAACAGUUACAACUAUAUAGAAUAGAAUAUUUUCUCAUAAUGCCAUAAUGUCUGGCAUUUUCAUUGAAAUGAUCAGAUGGCUGUAUACCCCCCACUGCACUGUUAUUUGUUGCAGACACAUCUCCAUCUGGAGACUGAAGGCAGCACUAACCUCUAACUAACCUCUGGUGAGAACCCCUCACCAGGGGUUAGUCUAGGAUCAGACCUUUAGGAGGGCUCAGCCCCUAAUGAGAAUGUGACACGGAUUUAGUGCAUGCAAAAUUUUGUUAGCCGAUAAUCUCUGAGCCAGCUACUGAACAACAACGUCAGCUAUCGUUUUUUGACACUAUAAACACUAUGAUGGAGCUAAACCUGGCACUUUGUAAGUCACAGUAACAACAACCAAUUUGACACAAUGUUCUAACAUUCAGCAAUGUUGGUUGCUUCCCUUUUUUAUUUGGGUUCUAAUCUGCGCCAUGAAAUGACCAACUUCUUCUCUGGGGACCACCAACGUUAAAAUUCAGAACUGCACUCCUGCUCUCCCUCUGACAGAUCAGAGUCUGGGGCAACCACCUCCGAUUGGCCAAAACUAUGUUUCUGUUAACCCUUUCCUUGACGGGGUUACAGGUGCAUAGCAUCGGCAACAGACCCACAGGAUAAAAAAACUGUUUCAGGCCCUUUGAAUCUGUAAUUGUUUGUCCUAUGUCACUAACUGACAAGUUUGCAAACUCACUUGAAACACCAAACCUGAUUAUAUGAUAUAUAUAUAUAUAUAUAUAUAUAUAUAUAUAUAUAUAUAUAUAUAUAUAUAUAUAUAUAUAUAUAUAUAUAUAUAUAUAUAUAUAUAUAUAUAUAUAUAUAUAUAUAUAUAUAUAUAUAUAUAUAUAUAUAUGUGUAUAUAUAUAUAUAUGUGUAUAUAUAUAUUGUGUGGCUGUACUGAGGAUGAACAUACAGUUAUAUUGACCUCCUGUACCACAAAAAGCCAUAUAUGUAGAUACGUGAAGUUUAAGCCACUAAGUCUAUUUUUUUGAACGGUUAAGAGUGCAAUGCUUUGAAUGUCUGUGUUAUGAGAUGUAGAAAUACAUAUCCAUUUACUGAACAUUUAGACUCAAUGUUGACUUAAACUGGCAGAGGUUACUCAAAGGAUUCAACACAUAAGAGUAACCUCUGCCAGUCACUGGUUUGAAGUGACUGAAAUGAAGUUUCAGGUGAACAAUGCUGCUUAAAGUCCAACACUAAUAAUAGCUGCAAGACCAAAUUUAAAAAUGUCCCUCACUGUCCAGGGAAAGACAAACUUUAAAAAGUUAUGUCCUCAUGUUAAAAUGUUUAUUAUCAUAGUGUGAAAACCAACUUUGCCUAUGAAAAGACUGUGUUUUAUGACCUUGACUAAGCCUUUGGAUAAUACUGUUUGAUGUGUAACGUUUAGAUUUCUGGUAAUAAAGAAGUGAGUCUUUG